AUGCCUCGCGACCUCGACCCUUCGAUUUCAGAACGCAACUUUGUGCUAGAUGCACUGCGGCAAGGUCUCCGUGUCGAUGGAAGAGUGGUGGAUCAAACCAGGGACUUGGAGAUUACGUUUGGUGACGAAUACGGAAACGUCGACGUAAGAAUGGGAAAAACAAGAGUUCUCGCGAGAAUAUCCGCCGACAUCGCACAACCAUACCCCAACAAACCCUUCGAAGGUUUCUUUGCCAUCAACACCUCCCUCUCACCCAUGUCAUCCCCAGCACACUCCCACUCCUCUUCCGCCGAAGAAACCGAAUUCCACAUCUCGACACUCAUUGAGAAAUCCAUCCGAAGAAGUCAGGCGCUGGAUACCGAAUCCCUCUGUAUCGUUGCCGGCAAGAAAUGCUGGCACGUCCGAGCCGACGUGCACUUCCUCGAUGGCGACGGUGGACUCCUCGAUGCUGCCUCCAUCGCUGUCAUGGCAGGUCUCCUACAUUUCCGAAGACCAGAUUUGAGGAUCGAGGGAAGUGAGGUGUAUGUCUACCCCCUCUCCGAACGCGUCGGAGUCCCCCUCGUUCUCCUCCACACCCCGAUCUGCACAACAAUCUCCUACUUCCCGCCC